AUGAAAUUAUCCUUUUGUCAAUUAUUUCUAUUUCUAUUCAUAAUUAUUAAUUUCUUUCAAUGUCGAAAUUGUUCUGAUGAAAAACACCACAAAAAAAAGAUUUAUCAAAAAUUAUAUGAAGCCACAAACCGAACAUUAUCAUCAUUACUAUCUCCAGUCUGUUCUCAAGUUUUAUUCAAUGAUAAUAAUAUACAAUCUCAAUAUAUAUCUCCACAAGGUUUAUCUGGUCGUAUUAUACCGGCUGGAACAUUUCCAAGCACAAUUUUAGCUCUAGAAUAUCUAUACGGAAUUCUCUGUCCAAUACGAAAUUUACCACCACGGGCAAAUGUUAUUCAAGCAUUUGAUUUAGUACGUAUUGCUUAUGAUGAAAAAUAUUUGAUCACUCAGUUUGAAUUUAUAGCUUAUUUAAGUAGUAAUAAGCGAUUAACUUUUUUUGCAAGUACUGCUUUUGAUAAAAAUUAUAAGUUAUGUGGCUAUGAUGGACAAAUACGAAAUCUUGGAUUAACAUUGGAUCCAAGUACAGAUGCAGAACGUCAAGCAAUAAUAAAUAUCAUAUGUACUGUUCAACAAAUAUACUGUAAUGGAACAUUAAAACAAUAUUCAAGUGUCAAUGAUUGUGAACAAUAUUUAAUGACACAGAUACCUUAUGGUUCAUUUGAUAGAGGAGAUCAAGGAAAUGUUAUUUGCCGCGCUAUUCAUACAAAUUUUGUUCCUCUAUUACCAUCUGUACAUUGUCCACAUGUUGGUCCAACUGGAGGAGGAGCAUGUACUGAUAAAACAAUAGACUUUUAUUAUAAUCAAAUAAAUUUUCUGGGUUGUGCUCAUAAGCAAUAA